GAGCUCAUACGCCUUGUUCGGCUUUUGCGGGCAAGAAUGAAAACCUCAAAUUCUUUGGCUUCAUCUAAACCCUAACCCUCGAUUCUAAUCCAAGUAGCAGUUCAUUACUCGUUUGAUACCUCAUCAGCAACCGCAACCGCAACCGCAACCGCUACCGCAGCAUGAGUCGCUACGAUAGUCGCUCCGGCGACCCUACCUCUUACCGUGACCGUAAGAGUGAUUUAGGAUUUGGUGGGGGUGGUGGCUCUAACCGUGCCUCAUCCGGUCGAAGGGAUUAUGAUGGAGUGGAGUCCCCGAAGAGGUCAGAUUUAGAUGGGUUGACUCCUUUUGAGAAGAACUUCUAUGUGGAAUCAUCAGCAAUUGCAGCAAUGACAGACAGAGAUGUGGAGGAGUAUCGUCGGCGGAGAGAAAUCACUGUUGAAGGCCGCGAUGUUCCUAAACCUGUCAAAAGUUUUCUGGAUGUUGGCUUCCCAGACUAUGUUCUGCAAGAAAUUACUAAGGCUGGCUUUAGUGAACCAACACCCAUACAAGCUCAAGGAUGGCCAAUGGCUUUGAAGGGCCGUGAUCUUAUUGGUAUUGCUGAAACAGGAUCGGGAAAGACGCUUGCUUACCUGUUGCCCGCAAUAGUUCAUGUUAAUGCCCAGCCAAUUUUGGCUCUUGGAGACGGCCCGAUUGUGUUAGUCUUAGCUCCGACACGUGAGCUUGCUGUUCAAAUACAACAAGAAACUGCUAAAUUUGGUGCGUCAUCAAGGAUAAAGAACACAUGCAUAUAUGGCGGGGUCCCAAAGGGGCCUCAAGUGCGUGAUCUUCAAAAAGGAGUUGAAAUUGUUAUUGCCACUCCUGGAAGGUUGAUCGAUAUGAUGGAGUCUCACCAUACAAAUUUGAGGAGGGUAACAUACCUGGUGUUAGACGAGGCUGAUAGAAUGCUAGAUAUGGGGUUUGAGCCUCAGAUACGAAAAAUUGUUUCACAGAUUCGCCCUGACCGUCAAACUUUGUACUGGAGUGCUACUUGGCCUAAGGAGGUUGAACAAUUGGCAAGGCAGUUUCUUUACAACCCAUAUAAGGUGGUAAUAGGAUCUGCAGAUUUAAAAGCUAAUCACGCAAUACGGCAACAUGUUGACAUUGUUUCUGAGAAUCAGAAAUAUAACAAAUUGGUAAAGUUGCUGGAGGAUAUAAUGGAUGGUAGCCGUAUACUUAUAUUCAUGGAUACCAAGAAAGGCUGCGACCAGAUUACUAGGCAGCUCCGCAUGGAUGGUUGGCCUGCACUCUCAAUUCAUGGUGACAAGAGUCAAGCAGAACGUGAUUGGGUACUCUCAGAGUUCAAGGCAGGCAAAAGCCCUAUAAUGACUGCAACAGAUGUUGCUGCUCGAGGUUUAGAUGUGAAAGAUGUCAAGUAUGUGAUCAAUUAUGACUUCCCUGGAUCUCUUGAGGAUUAUGUUCACCGAAUUGGGAGAACAGGAAGGGCUGGAGCAAAAGGGACAGCGUACACUUUCUUCACAGCUGCGAAUGCCAGAUUUGCAAAGGAACUUAUCACCAUACUUGAGGAAGCAGGCCAGAAGGUCAGUCCUGAAUUGGCAGCAAUGGGACGUGGUGCCCCACCUCCCCCAUCAGGUCAUGGAGGUUUUCGAGAUCGUGGGAGAGGUUAUGGUGGUGGCCGCUCUUGGAGCUGAUAAAGGGUGGACUGUUUUCUCAAGGAAAGAUUGUAUGACUAGAUAGAAGAUUCUCCAUACCAUCUUGCAUAUUGGAAUGUUUUCUUCCUUUUCACUCAGUCAGCUGUCGUUCAAAUACUGGACACUAAAUUUUAACCUAGAAUGUUUACUGUACUAGACUUGUACAUGUCUAGUGUUUGAAAAUCAUAUUCCUUUUCUUUCUUAAAUUUUUAUUUUCCCCUCGAUUGGUCCAUGUUAGAGUUCUAUUGUUUCUGUGUCUGCAUUUCAGAUAUUGGUGUCAAUUUUUAUCCUUGGAAGUUCAGUACUUCCAAGAGUUUUCAUUGUGGAAUGAACUUAAAGCAUAUCAUGUAUCCUGGAGCAAUAGUAGUUUUAAAAAAAUGACCUCUUCCGGAAGGAGAUCAUCUGAAAACUAAUUCCUUUAAAGGGCAGUUA